UCCUCUGUGUCACCGCUUCUAUUCGGUUAUCUGUACCGUCAGUGUUUACACAGAUAUAUCGUAGUACAGUGGGAUAAUACAAUAUACCCGAUACUGUGAAUGAUUGUUAAGUGCUGAUUUUACUCUCUGUCUGUCGGCUUGAAAUGGGAGAAGCGAGCCAACCCGUUGUUGACAGUAUUGUCCCUGAUGAUGAAGGGCAAGACAAGUUUAAGAAGAGUGGAGAUGUUGCUUUUUACAGGCGGCAGAUGCAGGGCCCAAAGCUACAGUACAGGGCCCUUCUGGACACCAUGGUGCUCACAGAGAGUGGGGUGCGUUUUGAACUGCUGGAGCCAAACACACAGACCAGGCUGUUUCUUUAUGUUUCACCCUGCAAAAACGAAACUGUAAGGAUACUGAUAGAUGAACUCCAUCCUAUAAAGAAACGCUACAGAGUUCCAGAUGUGAUGACCUGGGAACCACAGUGUGAACAGCUAAGAGUGGUGAGACAGUCCCAGCACUCCGUCACGCUUUCCUGGUCCUUGGGGCAUCACCAGGUUUGUGUUUGGCAUUUCCCUUUUCGAGUGGAGAUCCUGUGUGAAGAAGAAGUGAUGCUAACAUUUAACUCCAAAGGGAAACUGUGGUUUGAGAUGUUGCAGGAUCCACCUAGGGCUAUGCCUGAUAGUAGUGAGCUUCAAGAAGAUGGCAAUAAUUUUCUAUGGAAGGAGACUUUUAGGCAGUUUGUGGAUGUCAAAGCUAAUGGUCCCUCUAGUAUUGGGUCAGACUUUUGUCUUCAUGGAUUCAGUCAUGUGUACGGUCUACCAGAGCAUGCUGACAGUUUCCAGCUCAAAGACACCAGAGAUGGUGAGCCAUAUCGGCUGUAUAACCUGGACGUCUUUGCUUAUGAGCUCUACAGUCGCCUCGGCCUGUACGGAUCUGUGCCACUUUUGGUGGCCCACAAACCGGACAGGACUUUGGGAGUAUUUUGGCUGAAUGCUUCUGAAACGUUCAUCAAUGUUUAUUAUCGUGCGUCAGAUCAACAGGAUGACCCAACACUCAGACUGAAGAGAAGGCGAACAGAACCUCAGACUGAUGUCCACUGGCUGUCAGAGAGCGGUGUGAUUGACUUCACUGUUCUACUUGGCCCCAGUCCACCGCAGCUCUUCUCCCAGUAUGCUCAACUUACAGGGUACCAAGCCCUCCCUCCUCUUUUUUCCCUUGGGUACCAUCAGUGUCGCUGGAACUAUGACAACGAAGCAGAUGUGAAGGCUGUAGAUGCUGGAUUCGACCACCAUGACAUCCCAUACGAUGUUAUCUGGCUUGACAUUGAGCACACAGAUGGGAAGCGGUAUUUUACCUGGGACUCUGCUUUAUUCCCUGAUCCAGCCGGGCUGCAGCGCCACCUAGAGAAGAAGAAGAGGAAGUUGGUUGUUAUAAGUGACCCUCACAUUAAGGUGGAUCCCGAUUGGUCGCUGUACUGUGAAGCCAAAAAUGGAGGGCAUUUUGUUAAGAACAACAAGGGGGACAUAUAUCAGGGCUCAUGCUGGCCUGGUGAAUCUUCUUACCUUGACUUCAGCAAUCCAGACACCCGAGCCUGGUACUCCAGAUGUUUUGGCUUGGAAAAGUACAAGGGCUCAACACCUUCAUUAUUCAUCUGGAAUGACAUGAACGAACCAUCAGUGUUUGGCGGUCCAGAGCAGACAAUGCCAAAAGAUGCAGUGCAUCAUGGGGGCUGGGAGCACAGAGAACUACACAACCUGUACGGCUUCCAGCAGCACAUGGCCACAUUUGAGGGUCUGAUCACUCGUUCAGGUGGAUUAGAGAGACCGUUUGUCCUCUCACGCUCCUUCUUUGCUGGAUCACAAAGAUUUGGAGCGAUAUGGACUGGUGAUAACGUUGCCAGCUGGGAUUAUUUGAAGAUCUCCAUCCCGAUGCUUUUGUCUCUGAGUAUGGCAGGCAUAGCAUUCUGUGGAGCUGAUGUUGGAGGGUUCAUUCAGGAGCCAGAACCAGAGUUGCUUGUUCGCUGGUACCAGGCUGCUGCCUUGCAGCCGUUCUUUAGAGGUCACUCUGCAAAGUUGACAAAGCGUCGGGAACCCUGGCUGUUUGGAGAGGAGGUCACUGCUAAAAUCCGCACCGUAAUCAAGCAGAGGUACUGUUUGCUCCCAUACUGGUACACUCUGUUCCACCAGGCUCACACCUCUGGUCUGUCUCCACUGCGACCUCUGUGGGUUGAAUUCCCAAAAGAACAGAGUACUUUCACUGUGGACAACCAGCACAUGAUUGGAGGAGCUUUGCUGGCCUGUCCUGUCACUGAAAAAGGUGUUAAAGAAGUCAAAGUGUUACUGCCUGGACCCGGUGAGGUUUGGUAUGAUGUCCACUCUGCAGAGGCGUACAAAGGAGGAAUGACUCUGGGACUUCCUGUUACCCUGGACACAGUGCCUUUGUUCCAGCGUGGCGGCUCUGUGGUCUGCAGGUCCAAAGGGAGUGUCUCUUGUACGUCUGAUGUUCAGUGGAUGCCCCUCUCCAUCACUGUGGCCCUAAACUCUCAGGGUGCAGCUGAUGGUGAGUUGUACCUGGAUGACGGCCACUCCUUCAGUUACAGGGACAGAAAGGCCUUCUGCCUGCGCAGGUUCAACAUGUUGUCAGGACGUUUGCUCUGCAGUUCUGCCAGUGAAGAAGGAACAUUUGGCUGUGAUACUGUUGUAGAGACCGUCUCCAUCCUGGGUCUGAAGAGCGAACCAUCCAGUGUGGUUGUUCAUGUGGCAGGAGCUGGAGACACCUCUGCUGCAUUUCAGUACACAAAGAGCUGCUGCACACUGACAGUAAAUGACCUGAACCUCAGAGUGACCACGGACUGGGAGAUACAGAUAGGUUAAAGUGUAGGUCACUUAUGGUCCCUCCUCGGACUUUUUAUUCACCGCCAAAUGACACAUUUUAAGACAAUAAUGAGUCUAAAAUAGGUUCAAAAGUACACCACAAAAAAAAAUCUUCAUUUAUUUUACUUUUAUAGAAGUCUUUUAAAGAUCAGUUUGCCCUUUAAAUCAAAUCUGCCUCAUUAAAGUUUUCUAAUUCAGAGUUUGCUGACAGAAUCUUCACUUUCAAGAAAAUUAUCUGAAGCUUUAAAUAUGUGAAUUAUGAGAUUUUGUUUAAGCAAUGACUGAAUUUGUGAUUUUGAAUUCAUGAAUGGAGAUUAAGUGAAUAAAUACAAACUGAU